AUGCUCUGCCACGAGGGAUCUGCCACUGCGCUCAAGCACGAACUGGCAUAUUGUCUUGGGGUCAAGAUGCAAAAUAAAUACUGCACAUACCAGCUACUAAUUGAUCUUCUUAAGGAUGCCAAACAAGAACCCAUUGUUCGCCAUGAGGCUGGAGAAGCUCUUGGUGCUAUUGGCGACAUAUCAGCUCGAGAAGUUCUUGAGGAAUAUGUGAAGGAUCCGUGCCAGGAAAUAGCUCAAACUUGUGAACUGGCUCUUCGAAGGAUUGAGUUAGUUAACACUAGUGGAGAUAAAACCGAAAGCCCCUAUCAAAGCAUAGAUCCAACAUCGACGGCUUCUACUGAUAAUGUGACUGAGCUUGGUGCUACUCUUGUGGAUAAGUCUAAACCUCUAUGGGAUCGUUACAGCGCAAUGUUUAAAUUGAGGAAUAUCAACACAGAUGCAUCAAUAAAAGCGCUUGCUCAAGGACUCUACUGUGAAGACAGUGCACUGCUGCGGCAUGAGGUUGCCUACGUGCUAGGUCAGGCACAGUCUCCAGUGGCGAUCAAAGAAUUGGAAGACCGGUUAACCCUUCUCUCAGAGGUGAGCAUGCAUUCUUACCCAUUCCUUCUGAAACCCAUAUUCUAA